AUGUGUCCCCGUUUCGAAAAAGAUAGUAAGCGCUCCAAGUCUAGUCCUAAUCUGAUCAUUGUCAUGACCUCCCCGCCAUCUUGUACCAGCCUUCAUGAUCCCACGAAGCAUCAGGAUUGGUCAAUGCAUAUCCACCCUGAGGGCGCAAGAUAUUUUGUCCAUGAAGCAAAGCAUGUAUGUACGGACGCAGACGCCUCGAAUGAGAAACACGAAGACAUCACCCGCGCUCUAGCUCAUGUUGAACAGAAGAUGAAGGUAUCUCAUGGAAAGCAACACAACUGGCCCUCUGAGGACGAAGAUCUUGUGUUGGAAUGUAUCUCAGACGAUGAGAACAACCCGCGAUGGGGUUACUACUUUGUCGACCAUAAGCAUCAAGCAAUAUUCUGGAUGGAAGAAUAUGACAUUGAGGGUUGCGUUGAAGUACAGACCGUGACGUCGGAUGCUCACUUUGCACAUCAGCAGCGUAGCUGGUACUGGGAACAUUGCAGUCUUUUUCCGUACAACAGCAGGCUCAACAAGGGCAACAUCAAAGAUGCUCUUCGGUGCAUGAUGAACGGAAUAUUCGAUCAACUGCUAUCUGAGUCCUCUCUUGCGCCAUACCCUGUUGAUAAGCUGACGACAAUGGUGGACAUCUUGAAGAGUUGGGAUGUAGAUUCCUCGGAGCACCCAGGAUAUGCAACUCAUAGCAUGUUGCCAGCUCGACUAUUGUCUUACUACGCUCACGAGAGAUUUCUGCACCAUCAUGGGGAGCUAGGCGUAAGAUUAUAUCCUGGUCAAUCGAUCUAUGGUGCAUCAACAAGGAAUCACACCUGGGCAUUCACUAUUGUGUCAAUUUUUUACUUCAAGAAGCCAGGCUAUUGCUUCGAACUACUUGAAAGAGUGACCGCCGAUAACAUUGUGAAUCAGACUUCAUGGGAAGGUUUUUUCAGGGCAGAACUCGAGCGAUGGACGUCUAUUACCACUCAGUGUAUGCAGCUUUUGGCAUGGAAUGUAGCAUUUCUGGCAGUACCGUCCGUCAUCAGUGCCAUCAAUAGCGAUACUUCCAGCGGGCCAAAGUCAAACUACUCCACCUUAUUCACUAUGGAUCCGUCUUUCACAAAUUGGACGGUCGCUCAAGUCUUGAGCGCAUUAUCGACCUUUCUUGCCAUAUCAGCGAUGGCCAACGUCUUCUUCUUGAAGGCACUGUACCCUCGCCAACAGUCACAGGCAGAUUUAGCAAUUUUUUUCAAAACCCAUCGAAACAGCCCGGGUCUUCUAUUCACGGGUCUAGAACUCGUCGCCAUCUUUCACCGCUUGCCCUUCGCUUGCAUGGCAUGGGGGCAAGUACGAUUGAUUAGAUUAGCCACCUUCAAGACUGACACAUUAUGCAGUGGUAUCCUCGCCAUGAUUUCCUUCGUCUUCUGGAGCUUGGAGAGUCCAGAUCCAGCCACAAGGGUUUUAUUUACCCUCGCAGCGUUUUUAGCAGCUUGCUCAGGCCUCCUCUGGAGCGCGGUCAAGUACCCGAACUACUUCACUUGCUGCAAGAAACGUCUACUAAGGCCUGCCCUGGACUACCUGUUUGAAAGAAGAAAGCGCUUGAUGGGAAGAUUACACACUGUUCAAGGUCGUCAUCGGGAGAAGCAGGAUGAUAAUCAGGUUUGA